AUUUUUAAUAUGUCUAGUCAUAGCAGUCGCUCUUUUGAUGGUGGAGCACAUCUCCUCGUCAAUAGCGAUAGAGAAGAAUCGGAAAAAAAUCUUGUUAGUGGUAGAUCAAGUGGGAGUACCCCAAAGAGUAAGAAAUCUCAGCCUGCCAUUGAUAGUGAAUCUUGCCAAAGUUUAGAAAUGGAAUCUUCCAACAAAAAUAAACCUGACGAGGACCAAGGAUCUUAUUUUAAUGCUUUCUUUGGAACUAUUAUGAUGCUUCUUGGAGUAAUCCUGGUCUGUUUGUCCACAGUUUUCUGUAAGCUAGCUUACAUGAACAACCCUAACUUGACAGGAUUUGACUAUCUGAUUGUUAGAAGCACUAUCCUGACACUUUGUGCUCUGAUACAGGCAUUUUCGCAGCAAGUAAAUCUGCUGAAAAUUAAGAAAGAGGGAAGAUUCUUGCUAUUUCUGAGAUGUUUCUUCGGGUUACUAUUUUUCCCAAUGUUCUAUUCAUCCCUAAAGUUCCUCCCAUCAAGCAAGGCAACUUUAAUCAGCAACAUGUAUCCUUUGUUUGUCACUCUUUGAGCUUAUUGGUACUUAAAGGAAUCAAUCAACAGAUAUGAUGUCCUUGGCGUCAUCGGCGCCUUCUUUGGUGUUGUUAUUAUGAAUAUUAACAAGACAGAUUCUACAAAGAUUGAGACUACAGAUUUCUUAAGAAUUCUUGGUAUAAUUCUGUGCUCCAUUACCAUGUUUCUUGGAGUAGGUGUGACCUUGACGAUCAGGAUGAUGAAUAAGCACUUGCAUUAUCUCUUUAAUCCAGCUUGGUUUGCUUUCACGUUAUUUGCCUUCUCAUUAAUCUUGCUGGGUGUUUACCCUUCAAUCUACAACUUUGAGCAUUACACAUGGCUCGAUAUGGGAUAUUUCUUCAUCAGCGGAGUGGUGCACUUCAUUCAUCAGAACCUUGUUAGUAUUGCUUACAAGUACCAAGAGGCGAGCAAAAUCUCAUUCUUGACAUACUCCUCUGGUAUCUGGCUUCUGCUCUCAGAUUACAUCAUUUUUGGUUACAAGUUCUCAGCUACGGAUUAUGCAGGAAUUCUCAUGGUAAUCGCCUUUUUGCUGCUACCAAUCCUGUACAAAGCUUAUGGAAUGAGGAGAUAACUGGGUUUUGAUAAAGGAAAACUUUCAAUGUUG